AUUUACAAUGUUCAGUAGGACAUACCGGCCUGUUAUCUUCUCCCUAAACUCUAGGCUCUCUCAUACAAUCAGAUGUACCCAUCAACGUGGUUAUUCGGUCAUCUCUACUCAUUCCAGCUUCCCGGCCACGCUAUUGCGCCUUAAUGCUGGUUCAGCGUUUAAUCCAUUCUGGUUUGAGCGACAGGCGAACGAACCAAGCAUCAACGAUCCACUUGAACAAUCAACGGAGAACCAUGAGAACGCUGAUGCCUGGACGAAUUGCCUGGCUUUGGAUAGGGCGACGCUUAUGCCAAACACAUUCAUGAUGCAAGAAAUCAUCCGAAUGGCGGCCGACAAUUAUUUCGAGAACAAGGAGAACGGCAUGUCUAUCGAACGUCCUUUCAUCUUCACUGUACCAAAAGGGACUGUAUUGCCUAACACUCUGAUACUACUGAGGGAAACCCCGUCCCAGUUUUCCUUGCGGCCGUCUCUGCAUGCCUCUCCCAAUGAUCUAGACAAUAUUUUGCAUGAGUUUUACUCAAAACAUGCAGACAAGCAGGAUGUUUAUGAGUGGCUUACGGAUCAUAAGUAUGAGGAUGCCAUUGCCGCUGAGAAUGAAAAGGAGUGGAUGGCUAGGUAGCCUUAAGUGUUUGUGUGUUUCGUAUAGGUAUGAAGAGCAAAUACGCGUUAUUCAACGGAUAGUGGAUGGAUGGUCUGGGUGAGCUUGUUACUGGGUCAAUUGCUACUCCUACUGUAAAUCACGUUAUCUAAUUACGAAACGGCGAAAGGGGUUUAUAUGAGAAAGACUCAUGCACUACCAACCUUACAUCACUAAUAUCAUAACUGAUCCUUUUGUUUCUUAAU